AUGUUGCACUUUCUUGAAUUUUUGCAUGGUGACAUGGUCGUGGUGGUUGUUUCAGGUCUAUCAGUGGGUAUUGGUGGUGGAAUGGUAGAUGGUGGUUUAUGUGUGGGUCUUACUGGUUGUGAUGUAGUUGGUACAGUCGAUGUGGUAGAUGGUAUAUGUGUUGGUGUUACUGUUUGUGAUGUUGAUGAUUUAUCUGUGGUUUCUAAUGGUGAAGACGAAAUCUUAGAUGGUGAUGUAAUUGGUAAAGUUGAUGUUGUUGAUGGUAAUGGUGAGGAUUGUGGUAACAAAGAUGGUGACGGGGUUGUUGAUGAUGGUGGUGGUGGUAGUAGCUUUGAUGGUGAUAAUUGUGGUGAGAAUGAUACUGAUAGUAAUGAUGAUGAUAGAAUGUUAACUGACUGAUAAGGCGAAGAGGGUCUUGACUCAGAUGUAGAUUUAAUUACAGAUGGUACGGUACUUGAUGUUAUUGGAAUUACUGGUAUUAAUGAACUAGUUAGAAUUGUGGACAGAAAUUGGAUAGUUGGUGGAUUUGAACUUGCACGUGGUUUAGUUGUCGACUCGGAGCCAUGGGAAGAACAUUGGCAUUGUGGUUUCAUUGGACACGGACAGUUUGGUUGCGUUGAUGGACAAAUACAUGGUGGAGCUGGUAUUGGGCAAACACAGUUAACUGGUCGUUGUUGUGGUGUCGUUUUUGAAGGGCUAGUUAUUGGUAUCACCCUUGUUGGUUUAAGGACCUGGGUAGAACAUUGGCAUUGUGGUUGCAUUGGACACGGACAGUUUGGUUGCGUUGAUGGACAAACACAUGGUGGAGCUGGUAUUGGGCAAACGCAGUCAACUGGUCGUUGUUGUGGUUUGGUUGUUCUUGAAGCACUAGGUAUGUGUGUUGGUUUAAAUAUCUGGGUAGAACUACAUUGGCAUUGUGGUUGA